UACAGUCGGCAUUUCGGGCCGAAACCCUCUGGCAGUCGACUGUACGUUUUUCCAUAGAUGCUGCCUACCCUGCUGCGUUACUCCAGCAUUUUGUAUGUGUCGCUCGGAGUUCCGGCAGCUGCAGAUUUUCUCUUGUUUGUGUAUUCAACAUAAGUGUGAUUUUGUAACGGCCAAGUCCCAAAUAAAUCGAAGGAAGGAAGAGGAACUUGGCCACACGCAGUGAUCUUCUACAACGUAAGCUCUUUGACCUGUAAUGUUAACUCAAGCCGAGUGCAGAGUAUUUUCUGUCCUUUGUAUCGCUGAUCGUGGCUCCUCCUCGCUUCCACCGGCCGCGAACCGCGCCUGCGCACAGACUCCGGCGGUAACAACCAUGAGCGCCAGACCAUUUAAAGUGAAGAGUUUGCACAAUAACACAAAUUAUGGAAUCGUGGCCCACAGCUUGGACGAGCUGUUACAAAAAGGAUGUGAGAAAUUGCAGCUGCCACCAAACAAAUGCCGUGUGUGCCUAUCAGAAGAUGGGACAGAAAUUGAUGCAGAGUAUUUCUUAACCUUGAAGGAUAACUGUGAGGUCAUCAUUCUGGAGGAAGGACAGGAGUGGAAAGAAGCGUUUCUUGUCUCUUUGGAUAUUGUUUGCAAUUCAUUGAAUAGUAAAGAUAGUGAAAAACUAACUCAGGUUGCAAACCAAGAGCUUUUGGGCGAGAGAUCAGCCAAGAAACGGAAAUUGCUACAGGAAUUUAUCACGUUAGCUGGUGAAAAUAUUUCAGCUGAAAACCGUUACGAAGAUCCAGCUUGGUUUAAAGGUGUGAAACCACAAUUCGAAACGAAAUCACAAUACAUGAGGUACAACUGUACCUGUCGAAUGAGAAAUUAUCUGAGAGAGGUUAAGGAACAUGGGAAAAAACUUGGUGGAGACAUAGGGGAAGUGUAUGAUUCUUUUGUAAAAAGAAUCGAGAGACACCUUAAAGAUAAGCGUUUCAAUGAAUGGUACUUUGACAGGAAUGCAGCAAAAAAAGAAGGAACGCCGCUUUGUGAUUCUAAGGGAGAAUUUAAAUGCCAGGGGUCUUAUGACAAAAGUUCCUGUGAAUUUCAUCAUUCCAUUAAUCCAUAUAGUAGCAGGGAAAACAGAAUUGCAUUCCGCACCUGGAAUCUGGAUCAUCAGGUAGAGAAGAAACGGGUUAUAGUUCCAGAUAUCGUCAAAGCUGUGGAAAAUCAGGACACGAAUGAUAAGAAGGUUAUAGAAUUUUAUGAACUCUUGUUUACUAUAAAAAAUCUGAAGCUCGUUGACAACGUCUGUCAUGAUAAAACGAAGCACAAUCUUACUGCAUGAUUUAUCUCUGAUGUGCAAAUGAAAGUUGAAUAUAUGUAAUGAUUUUAAGAAAUGAUGUAAUCAAUAUCAAAUUGUGCACUUUUUUAUCAUUUUAUCAACAUGAUCAUUGACCAUGAUUACUGUCUAUGACAGAUUAUUUAACAUUGCUGAAAUAAAUAAAAUUAUUUACUUUCAUCUCAUAG